AUGGCGGACCCACGAAGUGCAACUGGUGGCGGCAGACAUUUGGAUGCUACGGGAGAAAGGGAAGUGGUUUACUGCCAUCAAUGCGAGAACGAAUGGUAUCAGGAUGAACAUGGCUUAGUAUGUCCAGCGUGUGAGGGAGAAAUUAUUGAAAUAGUCGAUCCAAAUAGCGACCCUCGUACUGGCAUGGGUAAUUCUCCAGAAAAUGCACCAUUUCGCGAUCUCAAUAACCAUAAUCCUUGGGCCGAUGAUUCAGAUCCGGAAGAAGCGGAUAUUGAAGAACACAUUACACAUGGUCCAGGUGGCUCUAUUUUAAUUUCGCAGACGAUAAGAACGUCCGGACCAGGCCCAUUCGAAGCUAACAGAAUUAUCAAUCGCCAAAGGCGGGCCCCAGGUGGUAAUGAAGGGGACGAUGAUACAAUGCGAGAUUUUCAAAGCAUGCUGGGAAAUCUGUUGGGUCCGAAUUUGAGAGAAGCUCGCACGGGUCGAUCGGGUCAUGAUGACUUGUUCCCGCGCGCCGGAGAAUUUCAUACGGGUGGUGGCGGAGUUGGUGCCGGAAUAGGUGGUCGUCAAGGUCCUCACACUGUUGGUGGUCGAUACACAUUUGAAGGAACGCUUGAAAAUGGUCGAUUAAGGCCAAGAGAUACAAAUGGUCCCCAGGGUCAAGGAGCACCUGUUGAGGAUUUGUCUACACUUAUCUCUCAUCUGUUCUCUCAGAUAGGCGCCGGGCCUGCUGGAGCAGCAGCAGGUGAAGAUGGCGAGGCUCGUCGUCCUGGCAUGCCUCCUGGUGCUAUGGGCUUGCCAGCUCUUCUUCAAUCACUUUUCAAUCAUCCAAAUGCAGUACAUGGCGAUGCUGUGUAUUCGCAAGAAGCAUUUGAUCAAAUCAUGUCACAAUUGAUGGAACAACAUCAACAAUCCAACGCGCCUGGUCCUGCCCCUGCUGACGCCAUCUCCUCCCUUCCAAAGAAGGCUCUCGACGAAAAGAUGCUUGGUCCCGAAGGCAAAGGUGAAUGCAGCGUUUGUAUGGAUGAUGUGUUUAUUAGUACUGAAGUUGUCGUGCUUCCUUGUUCCCACUGGUUCCAUGAGUCUUGCGCCAAUGCCUGGCUCAGCUCCCAUAAUACCUGCCCCAUUUGUCGCAAAGGUAUCGGAGCUGACGAAGCAUCCGCCUCGUCUCCUAGAGGAUCGAGCAAUUCACCAACUUCACAAUCCCCGAGUUCUCCAACUAGCCGCCGUGCUCGUCUUUCUCGACUCAAUUCAGAACAAAAUGACCGAAUGGCCCGAAACGAAGCUCGAUUGGAAUCUAUCAGGAACGGUCGCUUCAUGCCCCUUUCCGGGCCUUCGUCUUUCCAAAGAAGAGAAACAGAAAGGCAGUCGGAGAGAAUGAGGGAAGAUGCACUGGCGGGUAAUUUCUUCAUUAGCCCUACUGCUCAAAGCGAACACAUGCCGGGUUAUUUUCCAAGUAGCACUGCAUCCACACCUCCAGCUUUGGCUAGAAGAGAUUCCGGUAUGAGUGCGGGUGGAAAUGAGCAGGGGAGAGUAUUUGAAAGUUCAACGUCAAGCUUUUCAAGGGAUAGACCGAGGAGUCAGAGAAGUGGGAGUGAUGGUUCGACUAGAGGUGAGGGAGCUGGAAACGGAGGAUUGAGUGGAUGGUUUAGAGAUCGUUGGGGAACCGGUAGGAGGCAGGAAUAG